AUGGACGAGUUAGCAAAAAGAGCUGAAUCCUUAACCAAAGUCAAAAUUGACAACUUGAACGUCCAAUCUUGGAUAAGCGGUGGAACUUACAAGGUCACCGGAAAAAUCAAAAAGUUUGACCUUGGAGAUAUAAAAUUUCCAGGCCAAGAGAAAUUGGAGACAAAUCGCGACGCUUUUUUCCACUUCAACCCAAGAAAUUGGAAUCAAGAAGAGCCCGAAAUCAGAAACUACUUCAACGAGCCGACUGGUCUUCUUACUGACCUUCAGGACAAAACACUCGUCGUCUGUAUCAACGGAUACACGCCAGCAGACGCAAACGCGCCAACUUACCAAGGAAAGAUUCCUGGCCAAUUCGAAGUCGCUUUCGUAAAAUGCAUCAACAUUUAA